UUUUUUUUUUGUCUGUUUGUUGUGGUUGAUCUUCGCUUACCUUUUGGCUGCAGGUGAAGGUGGAGAAUAAAACCUGGAAAGUUGAUGCUGGAACUAGAAAUGUUGAAAUAGAGUUAACCACCAUAUCAAGUACAAACCACGUCGAGCUCACUCCCAGCGAUGCAGGUUUCCAAGAUAGGUAUAUUGUUCAAGAGAUAAUCAAGGAUAUGGCGAAAAACAGACCCAUUGACUCCAAAGGGAAAAGGGGACAUAAAGUUUUGGUUCUAAAUGACGUUGACAAACUAUCCAGAGAAGCACAGCACUCUCUUAGGAGAACGAUGGAGAAAUAUAGCUCGUAUUGUAGGUUAAUACUUUGCUGCAAUAGUUCAUCAAGAGUUACUGAAGCAAUCCGUUCUCGCUGCCUAAAUGUGCGGAUAAAUGGACCAACAGAUGAUGAGAUUGUCAAGGUACUAGAGUUCAUUGGGAAGAAAGAAGGACUGCAACUUCCAUCUGGAUUUGCUUCCCGCAUUGCAGAAAAAUCAAACCGGAGUUUGAGGAGAGCUAUACUAUCAUUCGAGACUUGUCGUGUUCAACAGUAUCCUUUUGUUAGUAACCAGGCAAUACCACCGAUGGAUUGGGAGGAGUACAUCUCUGAGAUAGCGUCUGACAUAAUGAAGGAGCAGAGCCCCAAGAGACUGUACCAGAUUCGUGGGAAGUUAUAUGAACUACUGGUUAAUUGUAUUCCACCAGAGAUCAUAUUGAAGAGGCUGCUUUAUGAGCUACUCAAGAAAUUGGAUGCUGAAUUAAAGCAUGAGGUCUGUCAUUGGGCUGCAUAUUAUGAACACAGGAUGCGGCUUGGCCAGAAAUCCAUCUUCCAUAUUGAAGCUUUUGUGGCAAAGUUCAUGAGCAUAUACAAGAGUUUCCUCAUUUCAACGUUCGGCUGAAGAAAAAGCAACUGUAUGUUCGUAGUUUUAGCGUGUCGGUGAAUCAAGACAAUGUGGUGCCAUCUUAUGUUCUUCAGUCAGUUUUGUUUGGCACUAGUUUGUUUGUUUGUUCAUCAUCCUCUAGGUUUUAUCUAUCAGGGAACUUGAAGCUGAACUCUUAGGGAUUUGAACUGAAUCUAACAUGCCAAAAAAAUGGAAAUUUAUUUAGUCAUUUUGUUGCACUAUCUCCUGGAGAUAAUGGGAAAAAAUGGAAAAUCCCAACCUUAUUUGGCUGUGUUUUCAUUGC